AUGGUGGGCCAAACGAAAAACUGCGAAAUGAAGCAGAAGAUGCAGGUGCUCAAGGAUCUGUACCUCAGUCGGCACUACACGCGGUGCGCAAAGUCUGGGGAACGGUUGCUAGGCGAGGUGGAUAGCAGUAUGCACCCGGUUCACUUGGCAUAUCUUAACUUUUACACUGCGCUAUCACACGACACUCUGGCGAGGGAGGCCACAAUAAAAAACCGUCACCAUGAGCUCGUUGCUGCGGAAGAGUAUUACCGUGCUGCCAUUGCCGCCCUGUCGUUGCCAUCAUCGACUUGCUCAACCCCAACUUUGGACGAUGAGCACCCCUCAACGCCAGAAUCCGCUACGUUCCCGGAAGAGCACGUGUGGCUCGACCGCUUAAAGACAAAAUCAUCCAACUUGAGCACUUCGUGUCGCACUUCAUCAUCAAGCACCAUGUCCGACCCCUUCGACCUAGAAAAAGAUAUCUAUUUCGAGCUCAAGGGUUUCUCGUUUCCGUCGCCGCCCCGAACCAGUACACCUACGUUCCUCGAGGUUACCUCCAACCCCCGGUCAAGCCAUAUUGACAACUCGAGCAUGCUCUCGCCUCUAUCAACGCAUCCGGUACGACCUGAGCCUGUAGCGAAAGUCCAUUUCCCACUCGGCACAUCAACAUUUGUUGGUAUGCUGCAAGGUCACCUCACCAGUGUACUCACGCUGAAGGAGAGCACUGGUGCCCACGACUCCAAAUUCACAUUCCCGAAUCCUUCAGCUUCACCGACAAAGUCACAGCUCAAGUUUCCUCGAACCAGCGAUCUGCCGCAACACCAAAAAGAGGAACUUCGAAAUAAGAGGAAACAAAUGGCGUGGCGUCCAAGGUUCGAUCCAGGAAGCAUACGCAAGCUGUGUGACGAAGCGCUGGCAGAGCUCUAG